CCAAAACCACACGGCAGCCACAGAUGUCCCGGCGCAGAUCUGCUAUUUCCCGGCGAUCAAAAUGCGUAUUUUCCACCGUGUCUUCCGUAGCGUACCUCUGAAGUUCGAGAGAGAUAUCUGGGCAAAGUGAGAGUUUUGAGACGCAGCGAGAGUUUGGGGAAUUGUUUCGGGGCUGUGUGAGUGUGCAGAGUGCAUUGUGUCGGCUGAUGCCCCCCUCUCCCUCUCUGCGUCCCCGUGAAUCAUGUCUCGCCGGAAACAGAAGCGGCCCCAGCAGCUCGUGAACCCGGCCCCCGGGAGCACGCGGAUCCUGCCUCAAGGAGAGCAGCUGACAGUGAAGUCCUUGUCCUUUGCCCUCACUGUGGAUUCUUCCUCAUCAUCCUCCUCCUCUUCCUCUCUGCUGGACUGCCAGCCACCCCUGGCCCCUCGGCCCUCCCCCGGGGGCCUCCACACCCCUUCCCUGCCCACAGAGAGCUCCCCACCCUCCCACUCCCCUAGCCAGCCUGCCCCCUACCCCACCUCACUCCCGCACACCCACUGCUCUCUCUCCCCAGACUUCCCCCACCCCUCGCUCUCCUCUCAGGCCCACUCUCCAACCCCGCCCCUCCGCCCCCCCAGUCCUGCCCCCUCUGCCCACAACCAGCCCCGCCCGCUGAUGGCCUCCCCGAAGCUGGGCGUUUCGGCCACCACCACCUCCUCCUCGUCCUCGUCCUCGUCGUCCUGCGCGCCCCCCCACCCUGGCAGCCCCAGUCCGGUGCCGGAGGGCCCCCCCAGCCCGGUGACCCCGUCGCCCAGCCCGGGGGGGCCGGCCCGCGCCCCGCUGAGCAUCGCGGUGAUCCUGGAGGAGCUGCAGGUGCUACAGCAGAGGCAGAUCGUGCAGAUGCAGAUGACGGAGGAGAUCUGCCGGCAGGUUCUGCAGCUGGGGGGGGGCGCCUGUGGCCUGGAGUCGCCCCCCCUGCCCCAGCUGUGCCUGGAGGGGAAUGCGGCGGCGGCUGGGCCCCCCCCUCUGCGGCCCCCCCUCCGCCGCUGCCCCCAUCCUCUGCCCCCCCCCCUUCUGGCCUGCUUCCCCUCCCUCUUGCCCCAGUCCCUCCCCAAACACAAGCCCGCCCACCCCCUGUCUCACGUGCUGCGCCCCCUCAAAUCUCAGUAUGAAGGUGUCGGGGGGGUGGGGGGUGCGGGAGGCCGAGCGUACGCGGGGAGCGUUACCCACACCCCCUCCUCUUCCUCCUCCUCCUCCUCCUCCGCCCCCACCUCCGUCCCUCAGUACCCCACCUCCCUGGCCCUUGGACUGCCCCCCCGGUACCUGCAUGAGAAGUCCCCCAACACCUCCUCAGCCAAUGGCAAUGGCCUCGCCUUCUUCGCCCCGCCCCUGCUGGGCUCCGCCCCCCUGCCGUGCCCCUCCCAGGAGCAGGCAGGGUCGUCGGGGGCAUCGUCGGGGGUGUCGUCGGGGGCAUCGUCGGGACGGGCCUCCCACGCCUGCCGCUUCUGCGGGAAGCUUUUCGGCAGCGACUCGUCCCUGCAGAUCCACCUGCGCUCGCACACCGGGGAGAGGCCGUACCAGUGUCCCGUGUGCCUGAGCCGCUUCACCACGCGCGGGAACCUGAAGGUGCACUUCCUGCGGCACCGCGAGCAGAACCCCGAGCUGUCGCUGUCCCUGCUGCCGCCCUCGCUGUUCGGGGCGGGGCCGGAGCUCAGCCAGCCCGCCGCUGCGGGUCAGAAGCGUCGUAAACGCCGCGCGGAGGAGGAUGUGUUUGGGGAGGGGCCGGAGCGGGGCGCGGGGGGGUUCUCGCUGGGCGUGUCCCCACGGCCCCCCCCCUCCUCGCUCCCCCUGCCCCCCAGCGUGGACCUGGCGCUGCUCUCCACCGCACACUCCCUGCUGCAGCUCAACCGCGCCGCCGCGGCUGCCACCGCGGCUGCCACCGCCGCCAGCAGCGCCCCGCCCCCUCCUGGCUCCGCCUCCACCCCCGCCUCCUCCGCCCUCGCUCCCUCCCUCCUCUCCGCCUCCUCCUCUUCCUCCGCCCUCUCCUCCUCCUCCUCCAGCCCCCUGGCCUCCAUCGCCAGCCUGUAUAAAGGAGCGAAGCGUUUUGAUGAGAACACCCCCCCACACUCCGCCCUGCACCCCCACUCUGCCUUCUCCCAGCUGGCCCACCUCCCCAAAAUCCUCUUCCCCACAGCCCCGCCCUCGCACCACCACCACCCGGGCCUGGCCCUCCUCCGGCCUCCGCCCCCUCCCGCCGCAGGGGCCCACCUGGCUCCACCCCACCCCCAGCUCACCUUCCCCUUCUCCCCCUUCCCCAAAGUGCAGCCGCCCCCCUCCUCAGACACCUCCAAGCUGCAGCGGCUGGUGGAGAAGCUGGAGAAGGAGCCCCCCCCUGCUGCCCCCCAGGGCCCCGGCGAGGCCGCCCUCCCCAGCCUCAGCAGGGAGGCGAUUGCGGCCCUCGGGGCGAGCGCCAAUGGGGUGGGGGGUGGGGCGGGUGUGGGCGUGACGGGCGGGGACCUGGGGGCGGGGCCGAAUCAGUGUGGGGUGUGUCUGCGGGUGCUGAGCUGCCCGCGGGCGCUGCGCCUGCACCAGGCCACCCACCUGGGCGACCGGCCCUUCCCCUGCAAGCUGUGCGGCCGCUCCUUCUCCACCAAGGGCAACCUGCGGGCGCACCAGGCCACGCACCGCGCCCGGCCCCCCGCCCGCGCCCACAACUCCUGCCCCCUCUGCCAGCGCAAAUUCACCAAUGCGCUGGUGCUGCAGCACCACAUCCGCAUGCACCUGGGGGGCCAGCUGCCCCCCCUGCAGGCCGAGCCCCGCCAGCACAGCCCCAGUGCAGGUGACCCGACCGCCGCCCGCCCCAGCUCCGCCCCCGUCCCCUCCCCCGUCACCGCCGGCUCCGACCCUGCAGCCGACUUGGCAGCAAGCUCCACCCCCGCGUGUGACAGCGCCCCCCCGCUGCAGGGGGAGGACCUGAGCGGCCCCUCCAGGACGUCCAGCCCCGACCCGGUGCCCCCUGCCGACCUGAGCCCUGACCCCGCACUGAACCCCGCCCCGGACACGCCCCCGCCCUGCAGCGCCGAGCCGCCGGUGCUGAGCGCCAGUGUCCCCGCCCCCCCGGCCAACCCCCCCGGAGACGAGCCUGAGGAGCACACCGAGCCUAGCCUGGAGGAGCUCCCGAGCAAACUUCCCCCCGCCAGCACUGCAUCCGCCCCGCUUGACCACGCCCACAGCCCCGCCCCCUCCCCUGACACCGGCGGGGACACUCCUGCCCCCCUCCCCCCCCGCACUCCCUCCCCCCUCCCUGCCCUGAGGGAGGCUGCUGACCCCGCCCCAGAAGCUCACAGCCCGCUCCCCACCGCGACCAGCACAUCAGCACCAAAGAGUGACACGGACGCAGUACCGGACCCAGACACCAGGGCGGCGCCCUCCAUGGAGCCCGCGGGGGCCGCUGAAGAGCAGCGGGAGGCGUCAGCGAGGGAGACCAGAAGCGGCGUACUCAGAUCGCCUGCAAAGGAUGAUGGGAGUCACGGCAAGGCCGCGGUGCUGGACAGUGAUUGGCCAGCCGCCCCCAUCCUCCCACCCCCCGUCUCACGGCCCCCCGAGAAGAAAAUCUACAGCUGCUCUGAAUGUGGGAAAGAGUACGCCAGCCGCAGCGGCCUGAAGGGACACAUGAAACACCACGGAGUUGUGGUGAAAGGGGUGCGUCCAGCUCCUCGAGGGACGCGCUUGGCCCCCCCUGCGCCCCCCGCCACCAGCGCACCUGUCAGCUUCUGGAACCAGUACCAAGUCUUCUUAACCAAUAGCAACGACCAACUAGAGGAUCCAUCUCCAAGCCCAGCCAACAGAAGCCAAGCAGAAGAAACUGAGAUGCCUCAACUGGCCCAGUCACCCGAGAAGCCUCAGGCGUCAGAGGAGCAGGCCGCAGAGAUUGGCUGUGAGGAGCUGAGGGAGGAGUCUAAGGGAGGCCCUGAGUCCGAGGCAAUGUGAUUGGCUGAGUGGCAUCCUGCUACUUUUAAAGACCUUUCCUUGGGGAAAGACUUUUUAAAAUUGUUUUAUUUUCUAUUUACUGGAAUAGUCAGUUGGGUAGUUGGGUAGUGCCUGAGUAAAUUAGUUAGUUUAUGACACAGAGAGUUUGUCAGCGAGGUUUCAGAGAAAAAGAGCAAAGAAAGGCGAAUGGAGAGAGA